AUGAUGACAACGGGGUGCUCAAUGGCAACUGGAGUGAAAAUUAUUUCGACGGUGCCAACCCUGCAGAGUGGACUGGCAGUGUGGCCAUCCUAAAACAGUGGCAUGCCACCGGCUGCCAACCAGUGCGAUAUGGGCAAUGCUGGGUCUUUGCUGCUGUCAUGUGCACAGGUUGGGGUGAUGAGGUGCCUGGGGAUCCCCACCCGUGUGAUCACCAACUUUGACUCCGGCCAUGACACAGAUGGGAACCUGAUCAUAGAUGAGUAUUACGACAACACAGGCAGGAUUUUGGAGAAUAUGAAGAAGGACACUGUCUGGAAUUAUCAUGUGUGGAAUGAGUGCUGGAUGGCACGCAAGGACCUCCCUCCUGGAUAUGGAGGUUGGCAGGUGCUGGAUGCUACACCCCAGGAAACCAGCAAUGGUCUCUACUGCUGUGGCCCUGCUUCUGUCAAAGCCAUCAAAGAGGGAGAAGUGGAUCUAAACUAUGACACAUGCUUUGCGUUUUCCAUGGUGAAUGCUGACUGCGUGUCCUGGCUUGUCUAUGGAGGGAAGGAGCAGAAACUUCACCGGGACACAGCUACUGUUGGGAAUUUUAUCAGUACUAAGAGCAUCCAGAGUGAUGAGCGGGAUGAUAUCACAGAGAGCUACAAGUAUGAAGAAGGCUCCCUUCAAGAGAGACAGGUGUUUCUAAAGGCUCUACAGAAGCUAAAGUCUGUAAGGUCUCAAGGGUCCCACCAAGGAGACUUGAAUCCCUUCAGCUCCAUGCCACCAAGGAGCCUGGAUACACCUUCCCUUCGACCCAGUGAUGUUGUCCAGGUCUCUCUGAAGUUUGAGCUGCUUGACCCACCCAAUAUGGGCCAAGACAUAAACUUUGUCCUGUUGGCUGUCAACUUGUCACCUCAGUUCAAGGAUCUCAAACUCAAUUUGAGUGCCCAGUCUCUGUUGCAUGAUGGCAGCCCCCUGGCCCCAUUCUGGCAGGAUGUAGCAUUCAUCACACUGUUCCCUCAAGAAGAAAAGACCUACCCUUGCAAAAUCCUCUACUCCCAGUACAGCCAGUAUCUGUCAACAGACAAGCUAAUCCGCAUCAGUGCCCUGGGUGAAGAGAAGAACAGUUCUGAGAAAAUCCUGGUGAACAAGAUCAUCACCCUGACUUUCCCAGGCAUCGUGAUUAAUGUUCUAGGAGCAGCCUUUGUGAAUCAGCCACUCACUGUCCAGGUGGUCUUUUCAAACCCACUCUCAGAGCCAGUUGAGGACUGUGUGCUGACCUUGGAAGGAAGUGGCCUCUUUAAGAAGCAGCAGAGAGUUCUCAUUGGAGUCCUCAAACCCCAUCACAAAGCCAGCAUCACUCUGAAGACUGUCCCUUUCAAGAGUGGCCAAAGGCAGAUCCAAGCUAAUCUGAGGAGCAAUAAGUUUAAAGACAUCAAGGGUUACAGGAAUGUGUACGUUGACAUUGGCUUAUAAACAGGGCUGGAGAGGUGGCUCAGCAGUUGAGACCAUGGGUUGCUUUUGUAAAGGACUUGGGUUAGAUUUCCCAGCCCAUUACCAUCUGUAACCCUACUUCCAGGGGAUCCAAUCAACACGCA